AAAGGACCAAACUUGGCAUCUGGCUAUUGUAGCAGCGUACAAGUUGCGAUAGUUUUUUAAAAAGGGGCAACACUAAUAAGAGACUUCAGAAGAAUCAUUAUUUCAACAACUCCAAAGCCUAGUAAUCUUCAUUCAAGAUUGAUUGUUUUUGAACGUGUUUGGAUGUUGUUUGAUUAAUUGGAGCAUACGUGAGCUCAAUUUAAAGAAAUUGAGGUUGUUCUAGAUAACAAUAGGAGAUCCAUAACCAAGCUUCACUGUAGACAUUUCUUUCCUAUGGUAAUAUUUCCACAAUCACAGCAAUUGAUUUCUAUAGUUUUCAAUUGGGAAAACUUGCUUCUGGUUGUAUUACAGCAAACUGAACUGAGAGGAUGAAAAAUACAGUGAAUGUAUCUCCAGAAAUCAUUCACAUACCUGAAAAGCCAUCCUUUCUUCCUCACCUCCAACCCACAGUCAACAUGCUUGCUGCUGUCAUUGAACCCAAAGAUGCCAAUACUCUAGUCAGGAAGUUGAAUCACAUUGCUCCAUUGGAAAAUUUGCAGCAUGUGAAGCGUGUGCAGAAGAAGUGCAUUGAUGGAGGGAAACCUCAAUUAUCUCUGCUGUUAUCUGUGGCUGCUGAAACUGAUGUUGUGGUUCUUGAGCUUGUCAAAUCGUACCAAUUGAGUACUUUCAUCACAAGAGUUUGCAAAUAUGCUGCAACAUCAAAAGAAGAAUGGGAAGAACAGUGCAAGCUCUGGCCUACUUCGUAUCAUCCGCCAACCUACAAUAUCAGUGGCAUAACUGGAUUUAGUGAAGAGGACUCGCAAUCAAUUUUCGGUUUCAUGAGACAUACCAUUGAUUUGGCAACAUCUUCUGUUGUUGGUCAGGUGGUCAACGCUGCUGUUAUUGUAGAUCCUUCAACUAAGCAGGUAAUUGCAAGUGCUUGUGAUCAGGUAAUAUCCUCAGCCAGUCUUGCAAAUGAGGUCAGCAAGGAACGUAGCUGCUGUAACUAUCUAGAAAAUCUCAACCAGCAAAGAUUGCUUUUGGACCGUUCAAUUGGUGAAUUUAAACAUAUAAUCAAUAAUGUUGCUUGUGUACAUCCUUGGCGAUGGGCACUGCAAAGCUCUGGUUGCUGGCAUCCUUUGCGGCAUGCGGCUAUUGUAGCCAUUGAAUAUUCUGCUGCCAGGGAUCGACAACUUUUUCCUGAUUACAAAGCGCUAUGUCAUUUGGAGUCUGACAUCCAAACUAAUGGCCAUAGUUCUGAAUCCCUUAGACCUUAUCUAUGCACUGGAUGUGACAUUUACCUGGCUUGGGAGCCAUGUGCAAUGUGCGCAAUGGCGCUUGUCCAUCAAAGAGUUAGACGGAUAUUUUUUUCUACCGCAAACUCCAAUGCUGGUGCACUAGGAAGUGUUCACAGAUUGCAAGGGGAGCGGAGCUUGAAUCACCAUUAUGGUGUUUUCAGGGUACUGCUGCCAGAGGUGGUAAAGUUGGUAGAUUCAAAGACUGCUGGAAGUGGUUGAAGCAAAUACUAAUCAGCUUUUCAAGAGGUUAGGUCUUAUGAGACUUAGUUUAGUCAGAUAAAUAUUAAAGGGCAGCGGGGUGCACUAAGCUCCCGCUAUGCGUAGGGUCCGGGAAGGGCUGUACCACAAGGGUCUAUUGUACGCAGCCUUACCCUGCAUUUCUGCAAGAGGCUGUUUCCACAGCUCGAACCCGUGACCUGGUCACAUGGCAGCAACUUUACCAGUUAUGCUAAGGCUAUAUUAACGUGCAUAAUUCUCCAUGACAUGUACUCGAUCUCCCUUCUUACAUAUGUGCAAGUAAGGAUGCUACCCAUAUUACUAAUAUUACGUGUGGAUGCAAUGAUCUGCUCCCUUUCUGGAGUAAAAAUAAAAAUAAAAAAUGAUAAUAUUCUAUCCUUCACUAUAAUUUUCUCAAGCAUUUUUUUUAACAAAAUAUUUUGAAUCAUGAGCUAUAUUUGCUUGUAGUAUUUAUUUAUUUAUUUAUUUAUUUUUUUUUGGUGAUUUUCCAAUAUGUAAAUUUUGUUUUAAAUUUUUUAAGAGUCUAUGCAUGAAAUCAUAAUCAAAAUUGACUGUUCUGACCCUCGUACUCCGAGCCCCUUCACAUAAAUUGGGACAUAGGGAGUAAUAAAUAGUAGUAAUUCAUGGUUAUAUGGUUACCAUAUUACAAAUAAAUUUCAUAUUUUACCUUAGGAAUUUAUUUUCGAAGAACUGCUGAAGAUGUGAAUAUGUAUACCGAGAAUAGGGAAGGAAAAGUGGAGUCAUGAUUAUAAAAUGUAUUGCUUCUUGGUAUCUUCCAGCUUCUUGUUUUCUGUUAUUUGUUUUUAGCUUUUCCAUCUUUGGAAGAAGGAUUGGAUAGUAUAGUGAUUAAGUCACUAGAACUGUGAAGGGCAUGGAUCACCAUCUGAGCCCUACAGAUUUUUGCUUUGCUUCUUUUAUUAAAAAAGAAUACCUCAUACUACUUCCUUUGGGGCAUUCGACAAGGAAAAUGAUAGUAUUUUGUUUAUUUAAUUGCAAUGUUCUUGAAUGAGUUCUUAAUUAUUGUGGAAUCUAAUUGUUUUCAUGUU